AUGGUUAGAGUAUAUACCCACAACAUCAGAUAUGCGCGCCGAGAGCCGGUCGAGGGCGAAUUGAAGUGGCCCGAGAGACGAGAGGCAGUUGUCAAUUCAAUUCUCUUGCACAAUUGCUCAAUUGUGUGCUUGCAAGAGGUCUUGUGGACCCAACUGGAGGAUAUUCUCAGGUUGCUGGGAUCAGGUUGGGAUUACGCCGGGGUCGGGCGAGACGAUGGUAAAAAAGAGGGCGAGUUUGCUGUUAUUGUUUUCAAGCAGGCGCUUUGGACAGUCGACUGGUCGCCGUUUUGGCUCAGCCCAACCCCGAACAAGCCUUCGAUCGGAUGGGACGCUGCUCUGAAACGAAUUGUGAUUCAAGCCCACUUCAAGUCAAUCAAAGAUCCCAGCGAGGCAUUUGUUCUAUAUUGCACUCAUUUUGAUCAUAAAGGCGAGGUAGCAAGGCAGGAAUCAGCCAAGCUGAUCGUGCGCCUAAUGAGAGACCAGUCUGGGCCGCAAAUCUUGUGCGGCGAUCUCAAUUCUCAACCUGAGCAGAACGCCUCUAAAACAUUGGGGGAAUUCCGCGAGGACUCGUUCUAUUCGGACCGGAAAUUCGGACACAAGCACACCUAUACCAGUUUUGGAGAAGAGCCACAUACCCGCAUUGAUUAUAUUUGGCAUACACAGGAUGUCAAAACCGAGUUUUAUGCUGUUCCUCAUUCCCAUUACAAGUUUUUGAUCAGCGAUCACCAUCUGAACUUUCCUAUGUCGUCGCUAUUGGCGCCAGGAUAUGCUCAUCCUGUUUCUCGUCAAUGGCAGUCGAACAGCAUUCUGCACAAGGACAUGUUUGUGUAUCCUUUGUUCAUCACCACUGACCCAGAUACCGAGAACGAGAUCCAUUCUCUUCCUGGCCAAAAGCAAUGGGGUCUAAACAAGCUUUUGCCCUACGUCGAAGAGCUUGUAGCAAAAGGCUUGAAGAGUGUUUUGCUGUUUGGUGUAGUACCUGAAGAUGUCAAGGACGAACGAGGCUCGUGGGCUGACAAGGAGGAGACUCCAGUGAUCCAGGCUGUCAAGGCGCUGAAGGCCAAAUUUCCGGGUCUUUUUGUGAUCUGUGACGUUUGUUUGUGUGAGUAUACAAACACGGGGCACUGCGGUAUUCUCAGAGAUGACGGUUCUAUCAUUCGGGAGCCCUCCGUUGAGCGGUUGUGCAGCGUCGCGGUGGCGUAUGCCCGGGCAGGUGCAGACGCUGUCGCCCCUUCGGAUAUGAUUGAUGGUCGCAUUGUAGCAAUCAAAAAGGCCAUGGUCUCUGCAGAUGUUGCCUACAACACCAUGCUGAUUUCUUAUUCUGCCAAGUUCGCUGGUCAACUCUACGGGCCCUUCCGCGAGGCCGCUCACUCUUGUCCCAAAAAGGGAGACCGCAAAGCAUAUCAGCUGCCUCCCGGUGCCCGUGGACUUGGCCGUCGUGCUCUGCAACGUGAUAUCCUCGAGGGUGCUGAUGCGUUCAUUCUCAAGCCCUCUACUUUCUACCUGGACAUUGUUGCCGACGCUGCCGAGAUCUGCCGCGACUAUCCCAUUUUCACUUAUCAAGUCAGCGGUGAGUACGCCAUGAUCCACGCCUCUGCCGAGAAGGGAUACUGCGAUCUCAAGAUGAUGGCCUUUGAAGCUGCCCAGGGAAGUUUACGGGCAGGUGCCAAUGUUCUGAUCUCCUAUUUCACUCCCGAUUUUCUCGAUUGGCUUUCGGAAUAA